AUGUUUCUGCGUGUACUUAUUGUCUGCACUAUCGUUGCUUGUGUAACCAGCACACCGACAAUUGUCAGAAGUAUAGCAGAUUGUAGUAUUACCGAAGAUGGUAUUACCCAUUACUCUGGCCAACAGGCAACGAGCAAAUUUGGCGAAGAAUGUGAACUGUGGAGUCAUUUGCAAACGGUUUUCCCCUCUGUUGUCACUGAACCAAACUUCUUUAAUGAUGCGUCGGUAAAAGAGGCAAAAGACUACUGUCGAAAUCCGAAUAAUAGCCCUGAUGGGCCUUGGUGCUAUGUCCUUCAUAGUGAUAAAUUCGAACCAAAACCAUGCGGUGUCUGUGAAAGUCUUACCACAAGACCCACGUCAACAACAUAUCACGAAGAGGCUGUUGAAACAGCCACAGAUGCUAUUAGUAAGAGCUUCUUCGAAAACCUACGCGACGAAAUUAUGCGAAUUGGCGGUCAUAUUCGAAGCAAGUUCCUUGAAUUUAUUGAACGUUUCAAAGCCAAAUUCGCAUGA